AUGGAGCCAUCCAAGGUGCUUGAGCAUCGGGAGGAAGACUUGAAGGGCUUCAGUGUUUACAGCACAAAGAGUCUAGAAGAAGCCCCCUCUCAAGAGUCUGAGCAGGUUGUCCGCGGGGCAGGAGACAUUACCAACUUGAUCAUAUCAGAUGAGGAUAAUCCUGAGCUCCCCGCACUGACCUUCCGAUUUUGGGUCCUUGGUACCGGGCUAGCGACUUUUGGAUCUGUUCUAUCCGAGAUUUAUUUUUGGAAACCCCAGAAUGCUACAGUGUCGGCCUUAUUUCAACUCAUUAUAUCCUACAUUCUGGGUAAUGCAAUGCACUAUGCUAUGCCUUCGACAGGGAUUUGGCGCCAUCUCAAUCCUGGGCCGUUCAACAUCAAGGAGCAUACGUGCAUCACCAUUAUGGCAUCCACUGCAUCAACUACAGCUACUGCUAUUGGUAUAAUAGCAACACUUGAUUUGUUUUACGGCGUGACCUUGAAUCCUGGAGCGGCAAUCUUCCAAACGUUCGCAUCGCAGUCGAUUGGAUAUGGUUUUGCAGGGCUUUUAAGAACCCUCCUCGUAUGGCCAACUUACGCACUGUAUCCGAACCAACUCCCGUCAAUUUCUCUUCUGCAAUCCAUGCACUUUGGUGGUUUACUCAACAGCAAGAAAAUGAAGUACUUCUGGAUUGUCUUUUGGGCCAUCUUUUGUUGGGAAAUCAUUCCGACUUGGAUGUUCCCCCUUCUAACGGCGUUCUCUAUUAUUUGCCUGGCUGAUAAUGGUCGCUCGGCUGUUGUUCGCAACAUCUUUGGUGGGGGAGGGUCCAAUGAAGGUUUAGGUCUGCUGUCAUUCAGUUUCGACUGGAGCUUGAUCACACAAGCGUAUCCUUUAUAUUGGCCUCUGCAGACUCAAGUUUCUUCCUGGAUUGGGCUAGCAUUUUGUUAUGCUCUGAUGACCGCAUGCUAUUAUGCAGACGUGUUCCAAGGGUAUUCGAGGGGGUUACCGUUCAUGUCAACUGCGCUAUUUACUGGUAAUGGCUCAUCGUACAACCAAUCCGCGAUCCUUACCCCCGACAAUACACUCGACCCGGAAAAGUAUGCUGAAGUUGGACCCCCGUUCAUGACAACAACCUACGCAGUUUCUACCCUUAUGAGCUAUGCUUCUAUGGGAGCAGCAUUUUCCCACAUACUUUUGUGGCACUGGACAGAGCUAUGGGAAGCUUUCAAAGGCUUCAACUUCCUAAAGUCAGAGCAGGAAUUUGACGAUGUUCACUUUCAGCGAAUGAAAGUGUAUAAAGAGGUUCCACAAUGGUGGUACGGUUCUGUUUUCAUCGUAUCAUUAGGCCUAGCGAUUGGUAUGGCGUACGUUGGCAUCAACACCCUUCCAUGGUGGUCUCUCAUCGUUUUUACCAUCCUCUCAUUCAUUAUCGCCGUCAUCCUUGGUUUCAUAUAUGCUGUGACAGGAUUCCAGAUCCCCACUGGAGGUUUUGUGCAAGUCAUUGCUGCAUAUGUUCACCCUCAGCAACCGGUUCAGAAUAUGUAUGCAAAGUUGUACGGUUACAACACUGCUUAUCAGACAUUUGCCAUGCUCUCCGAUUUGAAGCUAGGUGCUAUCUUCCACUUUGAUGAGUUGACUCAAGAUCUAACGUUUGUUUUCGAAGGACAAUAUGCAAAGGUACCGCCUAGAGCUACCUUUGUUGCGCAAAUCAGCGGCACGAUUCUUGGGGCCAUUUUCAAUUAUGUCCUCUAUAAGUCCAUCGUAGACGCACACAGAGCUGAUUUGAUAAACCCGAUCGGAACACGUAUAUGGUCAGGGUGGGGCUCACAGGAGAUCAACUCAGCAGCAAUUACAUGGGGCGCUCUGAGUGCAGAGCUAUACGGCCCAGGUAAAACCUACUUUCAGCUUCCUCUCGGACUUCUAUACGGGUUUCUCGCUCCUUUCUUGCUCUAUGCUAUGCAUCGCUUAUUCCCAAGACAAUGGAUCUGGUCCUACCUUAACAUGCCGAUUAUAUUUACGUAUCUUGGUUGGCUUCCAUACUCAGUUAAUGGGAUGUGGUGGCCAGGGUUCGCCAUCGGGUUGUAUACGCAAUGGUGGGUCAGGACUAGGAAGCCAAGAUGGUACAUCAAAUACAACUAUCUGACCUCCGCCGCUCUGGACGGAGGUACGUCCAUCAUUUACUUCAUCCUUAAUUUUGCGGUGUUCGGGGCAAGCGGAAAUGCCAUAAGCUUCCCUACGUGGUGGGGAAAUCCGGAUCCGAGCGUUAUUAGUGUCGUUCUUCAUAACGUGGUCACCAGUGAUAGGCCACCUUCCCCUGACGAAGUGUAUUUGAUAGCGGUUUUGUUGAAAUGCAAAAGGGAAGAGAUAUGUCGCACUUACUAUGAGGCCGUUAUGACAUUUGUGGCCAUUCGUUUGCUGUGGGAGAUGCUUUACAUAACUGAUCCGGCCAAGUUUCUUUUUUCAAACGUUGCUCUUUGGCCUGGGCCCGGUUACGAGUCGAGCGCUCGACGCGCUAAGCCAAGGAAAUAUCAGCGCUAG